GAAAGACGAACUGUUCUUAACUGGUUCAUACUAUUGAUGCACAUACUGUUAUUGACUGGUUCAUACUAUUUAUACAUAUACUCUUCUUAAGAACUCUGGUUCAUACUAUUAAUACAGAUACUGUUCUUAAGAACUUUAGUUUGUUCUAGUGAUACAGAUACAUUUCUUAAGAACUCUAGUUCGUACUAUUGAAGCGGAUAAUGUUCUUAUGAACUGAUUGAAUCUGCUUAUGAUCACGUUGGAAGGAGAGUAAAUCAGGUGUCAUACGACACCUUAUUCCGUGUGUGUGUUUUUUUUUCUCUCUCGACCCAUCCUCUAGGUGUAAUGGGUCUGUGUGUGAAUACUGGCAGGAUAGCUGGAUAGCUUCUUUCAGUGUGUGUGUGUGCGUCUGUGUUGAGAAUGGACCUUCUCCUCCUGCUGGCUCUCGUCUCUUCUCUCUCCCGAUGCUCAGCUCUCUGGUGUUACGACAGCCAGUAUACCUGCGCUGACCCAUGCAAAGACCCCGGGCACUGGGCGAUGCUGUUCCCAAACUGUGGAGGAUUACGGCAGUCACCCAUCAACAUUGUCACCAGCCAAGUGCACGUCAACACCGCCUUACAGCCCUUGGAUUUCAAGGGGCAUGAAAGCAAAAUUAAUAUCACUGUGGAAAAUCUUGGGCAUUCAAUCCAGUUCCUGCUGCCCCAGUCGGUGCGUCUGACCGGAGGAGCCCUGCCGGGGAACUACCGAGCCCUCCAGUUCCACCUGCACUGGGGGGCCGACGGAGGCCCGGGCUCAGAGCACACCAUCGAUGGAGAGAGGUUCCCCAUGGAGCUCCACAUGGUCCACAUCAAGGAGCCCUACAGCUCCCUGGCCGAGGCGGAACACGACAUGGCCGGCAUAGCGCUCCUCUCCUUCCUGUUUGAGGAGUCAAUAGACGACCAUCCUCACCUCAACACUCUGAUUGCUGCGAUGGGACACAUCCAUGAAAACGGGAGCUCAGCAGAGAUCCGAGACUUCAGACUGACCGACAUCAUCCCACCUGCAAAGGACCUCCAUAGUUACUAUCGCUAUGUGGGCUCCAUGACGACGCCCGGUUGUGAGCAGGCAGUAGCUUGGACGGUGUUUCACAAGACCCUGCCCGUCAGCAGCAAACAGCUGGUGGCGAUAUCUCAGCAGUGUCGCUUUUGGAACGGCAAGCCCAUGAUGAACAUCUUCCGCCCGGUGCAGCCACUAGAUGGCAGAGUUGUCUACUGGUCGAGGGCCAGAGCCGUCCUCCCCAACAUGCUGGGCGCGUGUCUGUGUGUGCUCUGCCAGUUCUGGCUCUCGGCCUGGGGCACUUGGGGCGACACAAGUUUUGUAUAAAAAAGCAUUUUUUUUACUCUAUAUGUCCAAUCCAAACAGAACUGCACGUAUUAUUCAGAACCCAUUUUGACAUUUUAAAUAUUCAGAUCCCUAGUUUUCAUCCAUUAGUGGAAUGAAUAAAGGAAAACAACGCAGUGUAAGUUAGGACCCUGAGAGGCAACACUUAACAACAGCCUGCACUCUGUAUUCACUGAAGACAACUUCUACUGCUUCUACUGCCAUCGUAAUUCAGUCUUAGGAAGAAUACGACAAACCAAUACGCACCAGAGCGCUGACGUAGAAUAAAUACUCACAUCAUGGAUAUAGCUUGUCUACAGAUGUUUCAUUUAGGUUAUGUUCAACCCAAGCCACAGGAAGAGGGUAGAGUUGAGGAGAGAAUGGGUAUUUUCUGUAUUUCUGGAGGGAAGAAAUGUUUCCAGGGCUUUCUUCUACUCCUGCUUCUCUUCUGCAGUUUAACAUAGUUGUAGUGUGACUAGUGAGUCCUGGACUAAAUGAACAUUGUCAAUAACGAAUGACUGAUUUCAAUCUCCAAUUAAAAAAUAUACGUAUAUAAAAUGGCA